GUCCAGAAAGAAGCCCGGGUAGUCCUGGGCCCCGCGGGGCGGGUAAGUUGUUGUGGGUACCGUGUCCGUGCGGAGCUGCUGGGAAAGAGGCUGCGUGGUGCGGUGGUGUUCCGAACGGAGGCCGGCGGUCUGCGGGAAAUCGACAGUCGGAGAGAGUCCACCUGGAGCGACCAAAUCAGUGGGGGAAGGGCCGCGCCUGACGUGUGGGGGCCACAGAUGGCGACUGUCAAAAGGAAAUAGAAUCAUGGCAGCAGAUGAUGACAAUGGUGAUGGAACCAGUUUAUUUGAUGCCUUUUCUGCUUCUCCUCUUAAAAAUAAUGAUGAAGGCUCAUUGGACAUAUAUGCUGGGUUGGACAGUGCUGUUUCUGACAGCACUUCCAAAUCCUGUGUACCAUCCAGAAAUUGCUUGGAUUUAUAUGAAGAGAUCCUGACUGAAGAAGGAACUGCAAAGGAGGCAACAUAUAAUGAUUUACAGGUAGAAUAUGGAAAGUGUCAGCAACAGAUGAAAGAGCUAAUGAAAAAGUUUAAGGAAAUACAGACACAGAAUUUCAGCUUAAAAAAUGAAAACCAGUCUCUUAAGAAGAAUAUUUCAGCACUUAUCAAAACUGCCAGGGUGGAAAUAAACCGUAAAGAUGAAGAAAUAAGUAAUCUUCACCAAAGAUUGUCUGAAUUCCCACAUUUUCGAAAUAAUCAUAAAUCUACAAGGACUUCAUCAGAUGCAAUUAAAGCAAAAGAUCUUAAAUCUAAAUCUCCUCAUUUGGAUGAUUGUUCAAAGACUGAUCACAGAAUUAAAAAUGAUGUUUAUAAAGAUGUACAUCAUAGUACUUCACUGCCAAAUCUAGAAAAAGAAGGAAAACCACAUUCUGAUAAAAAGAACACUUAUUUGCCUACAUCUCUGGAGAAACAUUGCACCAAUGGCAUUUGGUCACGACCUCAUUAUCAGGGUGGUGAAGGUAGCUCAAAUGAGGAUAAUAGAAGAGGAAGAAAAGAUCCUAAACAUAGUCAGCACAGCAAAGGAACUGAUCGAAUACGAAAAGACUCGAGUAUUAGCUGUGGUGAUAGUGAACCAAGAAACAUAGAGGGUAAUCAGAGACUACAAGGACGUCCUGAGAAACAUGGUAAAGGUGAACCAAAGGCUGAAAGCAGAGGUUCAAAGUUUAAAAGUAACACAGAUUUGGAUUAUAAAAGUGAACGUAGCAGCUAUUCUUGGGAUAAAGAGACUUUGCGAGAAAGGUCACAUACUCGAGUAGAAUCUCAAAAUGACAAAAAACUGGAAAGACAAAAUGAGAGAUCACAAAAUAUAAAUAGAAAGGAACUUAAAUCACAAGACAAAGAGGAAAGAAGAGCUGAUCAGAAACCUAAAUCAGUAGUGAAGGACCAGGAUCCCUGGAGAAGAUCUGAGCGAGAAUCACUGAAUCACUUCAAGAAAUCUCAUAAUUUAGAUAAACACCAUCUAGAAGAGAGAAGAGGAAGGGAAGAUUGUAAGAGAGACAGGAUUGUAAGCAAUCAUAGUUUUCAAGAUGGAAGAUCUUCAUCUUCUCUUUCAAGUAGAACUCACAAACGUAUUGACUCUAAAGAAGUAGAUGCUGGGCUCCAGUGGGAAAAUACACCAUUAAAAGCAGAAAGGCACAGAACUGAAGAUAAGAGGAAAAGAGAACGAGAAAACAAAGAAGAAAAUAGGCAUAUGAAAACUGAAAAAAAAAUACCUGUAGAAUAUUUUCAGAAAAUUAAUAAAGAAGCCAAGAAAACCACUACUGAUUUAAAGAGACAGAACGAGCCAAAAAAUGAUAAAUGUGAAGCCUCUGAUAAUGAAGUUUCUGAAGUAGAUAAGAAAACUGCAGUGAAAGCUGAGAGUGGUCCAAGUGACACAAAAAACAAAGACUUAAAGUUAAGUUUUAUGGAAAAAUUGAACUUAACUCUUUCCCCUGCUAAAAAGCAGCCUAUUUCUCAGGAUAAUCAACAUAAAAUAACUAAUUCUCCCAAGUCCAAUAAUGUAUGUGAUUUGGAAUCCUCAGUGCAUGCUAAAACAGUGUUGUGUGUUAACUCUGUCAGUGAACAUGUCACAGAGGAAACCAAAUCAAAGUUGUUGAAACCAAAGGAUGUUCUCCCAGCAGCACCUGAAUCUAAGAUCGAUGUUUCAGGAAGCCAAAUGGAAGAAGAUAAUAGUUUGUUAGUUAAAUCUGUUGAGAGUACUGUGCAUUUUGAAUUGCCCACCGGUAUAGAGACAUCCUCAGCAGCUGUGGAAAUGGAAAAAACAGAUUCCUUGUUACCAUCAAGAGAAAUGGAACAAACAAGAGCAGCAGCCUCUGUGGUAAUGGAUGUAUUACAAACUGAUGCUUCUCAAAACCUUGGCCUGGAAUUGGAUACCAAAAAAAAUGAUAAUUUAAAUUCUAGUGGUGUUUCUGAAGAUGUGGAAAUGAAGUUGACUCUUGCAACAAAAGUGACUGAAAACAGUGAAAGCAUUUUGCAGCCUUCAAUUGAAGAAGCUAGCAUUUUGCCAAUAAUCCUUUCAGAAGAUGGUAACUCAAAAUUUGAACCUUCUCUUGUAGACGAUACACCACUGACUGAAAGUAAGUCUUGUCAUUUGGAGUCUUGUUUACCUAAAGAGACUCUAGAACCUUCACUUCAGCAGACUGAAUUAAUGGACCAGAAAGUGGAAAUUGGUGAAACAAAUUCAAUAUAUCAUGAUGAUGAGAACUCCGUUUUGAGCAUUGACUUCAAUCAUCUGAGACCUAUUCCAGAAGCCAUCAGUCCUCUGAAUAGUCCAGUGAGACCUAUAGCAAAAGUUCUUAGAAUGGAAAGCCCCUCUCGAGUUCCAUUGUGUAAUAACAGUCAUAAAGAUGUGUUUCCACCAAAUUCAGUUCAUUCUAUCUCCAGGUCAGAUCUCAAUAAGGAAAAUCAAAAGCCAUUCUACAAAGCUGACAAAUGUACAGAAGCAGAUUCCUGUAAGGAUUCAUCUUUAGAUGAAUUAGAAGAAGGAGAAAUUAUAAGUGACAAUGAAAAAUCUGAACCACAUAAAAAUUUUGAAAAAAGUGCCAAACCUAGAGCAUCUGCUGAAGUGCGGAACACAAAGACUAGUCCACCAAGUAGGAAAAGUACUAUGUGCUUGGAUAAGGAUAAUAGGAAAACAUCUGUAAAAAUCCAUCAGACCAGCAGCAAAUGGAAUAAAAGACCAAGGGAAUCUAACAGGUACUCAAAAACAGAGAAGAAAGAUAAAACAAUGAGUACUUCCUGCUUGGAAAAAAUAGUUCAAAUUGUUGCUGCACCCUCUUCUGUUCGAGAGAUUAUGCACAUGUUAAGAAUGAUAAGAAAACAUGUGAGGAAAAAUUACAUGAAAUUCAAGAUAAAAUUUUCGUUAAGACAAUUUCAUAGAAUUAUUGAGUCAGCAAUUUUGAGUUUUACAUCACUAAUUAAACAUCUUGACUUAUCCAAAAUCUCCAAGUCGGUGACUACUUUACAGAAGAAUCUCUGUGAUGUUAUAGAAUCUAAACUUAAGCAAGUUAAAAAGAAUGGCAUAGUUGACCGUUUAUUUGAACAGCAACUAUCAGAUAUGAAAAAAAAAUUGUGGAAGUUUGUAGAUGAACAACUUGAUUAUUUAUUUGCAAAACUUAAGAAAAUCUUAAUAAAGUUUUGUGAUUCCAUUAAUUUUGGAAGUGACAGUGAUGAAGGAAAACUUGAUAAAAGAAGUAAAGAGAAAGUACGAUAUUCAAAUUGUGAGAACGGUCAUCUGGACAACUCCAACAAAGAAAUGCUAAAAGAAAAAUUGCCAAAACCAGGAGACUCUGUUCACUUGAAGUCUUUAUUGGAAAGUGAAAAACCUGACGAAAAAUGUCAAGACCAAAAUAACUCCAGUAUCAACGCGAUAAAGCAUGAUAUUAAAAAAAGUUCUAAUACCUGCUUUGAUACUAUAAAGAACUUUCAACCUGGAGAGCAUGCUUUGGAACUAGACUGUCCAAGUACCCCAAAGCUGGGAAAAACUGAAGGCAGCACCAUGGAGGAAGCACAGACAUCCCAGCAUGCGGUUUUGAAGCCAGAACGAAGUUUCGAGAUUCUUACUGAACAGCAAGCAUCUAGCCUUACUUUUAAUUUAGUGAGUGAUGCACAGAUGGGUGAAAUAUUUAAGAGUUUAUUGCAAGGUUCUGAUCUUUUGGACAACAGUGUUAAUUGUACUGAAAAAACUGAGUGGGAGUUAAAGACUCCAGAGAAACAGUUGCUAGAGAGCCUUAAGGGUGAGUCUAUACCAGCUUGUACAACAGAAGAGCUGGCUUCAGAGGUGGCUUCUCCAUGUCCUAAAAUAAUUAGUGAUGAUAAUUGGUCAUUAUUGUCUGACAAAGGUCCAUCUCUGUCUUCAGGACUUUCAUUGCCAGUUCAUCCUGAUGUGUUGGAUGAAAGUUGUAUGUUUGAAGUGUCUACUAACAUAGCCUUAAGUAAAGAUAAUGUGUGUAGUUCAGAAAAGAGCAAACCCUGCAUUUCUUCCAUACUUCUUGAAGAUCUAGCAGUAUCUUUGACAGUACCAUCACCUCUGAAGUCAGAUGGUCAUCUCAGUUUCUUAAAGCCUGAAGGUUUGUCUAAUUCAACUCCUGAAGAAGUUAUUAGUGCCCAUUUUAGUGAAGAUGCCUUAUUGGAGGAAGAAGAUGCCUCAGAACAAGAUAUUCAUUUAGCUCUGGAAUCUGAUAAUUCAAGCAGUAAAUCGAGUUGUUCUUCAUCAUGGACAAGCCGGUCUGUUGCUCCAGGAUUUCAGUACCACCCUAAUCUACCUAUGCAUGCUGUGAUAAUGGAAAAGUCCAACGAUCAUUUCAUUGUGAAAAUACGGCGCGCAAUGCCAUCCACGUCUGCUGGUCUUAAACAGAGUGUGGUGACUGAUGAGUCGUUGGCAUCUGCGGCCCCUGGUCUUAAACAGAGUGUGGUAACUGAUGAGUCAUUGGCAUCUUUGUCCAGCAUUGGGAAGGAAGCUGAUGAAGCAGCAAAGAAAGAAUAUGUCUCAUGUCAGGACACAGUUACCAAACCUGUGGAUGAAUUAGAAAAUUCUAACACAAUUGUCAAUGGUAAUAAAUCAAGUCCUGAAGAACAGAACUCUAUGGUACAACCACAGGUUCCUGAUAUAUAUGAAUUUCUUAAAGAUGCUUCAGGUAAGGCAGGUGACAGUGAUGAAGUGACUGAUGAAUGUUUCAAGUUACAUCAAGUAUGGGAACCAAAAGUACCUGAAAGCAUUGAAGAACUGCCUUCACUAGAAGAAAUUCCACACUCUGUUGAGGAUCGUCUUCCAGACACAUAUAUAGACCUAACGAAAGUUCCAAUUACUGAGACCAAAAACUUGGGGGAACUGAUGGAAGUAACAGUUUUAAAUAUUGAUCAGUUGAGAUGUUCUGGAAACAAUUUAAAUCAAAAUUCUCACAGCUUAGGUAAUUCUGUGCAAUCUGAUACUGUGGGUACUUUUAUUGAUUUGACACAAGAUGCUUCAAGUGAGAGUAAAAAUGAAAGUAACCAUUCUGCAUUAGCUGUUGAAGGAUUGGGAUGUCAGGUGAUAUGUAUAGAUGAAGAUAAGUAUACGGAAGAAAAGGUGCAAAUGGAAAGCAAGCCUUCGAAAUGCAUUACUGAGAAAGCCUAUAUUGAUUUGACCACAGAAUCUCCUGUUUCUUGUGAAGUAAAAGAUGAUUUAAAAUCAGAGUCAGCAUCAAAUUCUGGUAAUCCAGAGUUGCCUGGGACUUUGGAUAAUGCUCACAAAAAGAGAAAAAACCUUUCUGAACUAAAUCAGUCUUCUCAGAAAAAACAAAGAAAGGAAACAGAUGUAACUAGUAGGGAACAGACCAAGAAACUUAUUCAAGAGAAUGGUGAAACUUACCGAAAGAAAGCCAAUAAGAAAAGGGCGUCUGUAGUGAAUAAAGAUCCCACAGGAAUUAAAGAUUCGGCAGCAGCACUCACCGCUUCUACAAGUCUUUCUGCAAGGAAUGUUAUUAAAAAGAAGGGAGAAAUUAUAGUUUCAUGGACAAGAAAUGAUGACCGGGAAAUUUUAUUGGAGUGUCAAAAAAACGGGCCAUCUUUGAAAACGUUUACAAAUUUAGCUGUCAAGCUGAAUAAAAAUCUAAAUCAGGUCUCAGAACGAUUCCAGCAGCUAAUGAAGCUCUUUGAAAAGUCAAAAUGCAGGUGCAUUAGCAGGGAGCUGGAUCAGAAGUGGAGCAUCCAGGACUUGAAUCGGGGCCUCUAGGGGAAGCCAGUGCUGUGGGCGGCGGCUUGACCACCCACUAUGUCACAGCGCCGGCCCUGCCACAUCUCUUAAAGCAUCUGCCUUGUUAAUGAGAACUUCAAAAGAUGUUUAGUAGUUUAUGGUAAAUAAAGUCCAAUUUUGUUUAUAUGGGAGUACUUCAAAAAGUUCAUGGAAAUGGAAUUAAAAGUUUAUUUUGGCACUCAAAAAUUUGAAAUCCACAUAUAUGAGCUUUCUUAAAAAAACUUAUAGAAAUGCAUAUUGUGAAAAAACUGCAUUUUUAUUUCACUUUUUUUGCACCAAAAUAAACUUUUUUUAAAAAGAUUUAUUUAUUUGGAAGAUAGAGCAAAUGAGAGAGGCACCGACAAAAGGAGAGAGAUCUUCCAAUGAACCCAGCAGCUAGGGCAGGGCACACUGAUGCCAAAAAACAAGAACUAAGUUUCAUCUGGGUCUCCCACAGGGGUAGCAGGGGUGCAAGUUUUUGAACUGUGGAAACUUCCUGUGCAUUAGCAGGAAGCUGGAUUGAAAAUGGAGUAGCUGGGACUCAAAUUGGCAUUUUGCUAUGAGAUUGAAAGCAGUGGCUUAACCCACUGUGCCACAUCGGCUCCUCAAAAUAAACUUAAAAUUCUGUAUUCCAUGGACAUUUUAAAUACGCUCAUGUAAUUCAAAAUGAAAAUUGAAUAAUGAGGAAUUUGGACAGGCUUAUUCUAAAAGAACUUUAAAGUGGCUUAGAUAUUUUUCAGAAUCACUGUGUUUUAAGAUUUUUGCUGCCUUUAACAAAUUCAACUGAGUGUUAAUUUUGGUUUUACAUUAAUGUUAUCUUAAAAUAUGAUUUGCCUUCUCUUCUGAGAAUUUAAAUUCAUGAAAGAGGUAACUUGUAUCUGGAAGUAUGCUGGAAAUCUCCAAACUGCAUUGUAAAUCUAAUCAUUAACUUUACAAAUUUAAAACUUUUCAAUUAAUUUAAUAUUUGGGAUUUUAUUUGCUUGUAUGAUAGGAUAUGUACUGGAGUGUUUCAUUCCUAGCUUGACCCUUACCAGAUUUUUUUCCCCAUGUACUAUAGUUUAAUUCGUCCAAAUCAGAAUGAUAGUUUUCACAAAAGCUGGUUCUGUAAAAUCAGUAUUGUAUAAGUAGAGCUUAUUUAAAAGGUAACACUAUCAUUAUGGUCAUAUCAGAAGAAUAGAAUCAUAACUUCAGCAUUUUCUUAUAUUACAGAUAAGUUGCUGAAUUCCUUGGAGUCUUAAUUGAUAUUGCAUACUACACAGAAGCUUCAAAUUCCUCAUGUUUUAAAUGGGGAACAGGAGGGAGGUUUUAUUACAUUUUGACUAGUAGGUGAUUGUCAACAUUUGUUAUUGAUUACUGACUGUAAUCGCAGGUCAGCAUAUUCAGCUUAUUCUAGUCAUCUGUCUGAUUCGCUCACCUGUUAGUGGUCAAAAUAUUUAUUUUUAAACAUGUUACAUCUUAUCAAAAUGAAAGCAACAGUGAUGUAGAAUUGAAAAUUUAGUUUUGAUAUUUCAAAGAAGUGACUUUCUUUUGUGAUUUUCUAUAAUAGUUUUGUAGCCUUUUAAACUAAGGACUGGUUUAAGUUUUCACCCAUUUUUAUUUGCUUUUAUAAUUACCUCUGCUUAUUUUGGUAAACUGUAAAUAAUUUAAAUAGUAUAUUUGUAAAUAUGUAUAAUUAUAAUGAUGUAAAAUACUUUGUAUGUGUAUGUAUUUGUGUAUAUGCACACACAUAAAUGGUUUUGCUUG